GAGUCGGUAUAAAACCGUGUCCUACCAAGUCAGCACAAUUCGAAGUCGACUCUUGACGGCAUCGGUUGGGGGAGAAAAAAAAAGAAACAAAAAAAAGCUAUACGUACAGUGUUAAAAAGUUAAAAGAAACGGGGGUCUGGUGAGAUACUAAGAGGUGGUAAGGAGAGGUUGAGUAUGAAAUGACCAAAACAACUUGAGCGGGGGAAAUAUGCGCAGCCGUGUUGUUGAAGAAAGGAGGAAGGUUGGACUGGGUUCAAACUGGGAAAAACAAGUAUUUGCUGUGAUAUUGUUUGGGAGGGGUAGGGGAGCUAAAAUCAUACUCAAAAGUUGAGGUGGAGUGGGGGUUAAACAGCACUAACACCUGGGAGGCGGUGUGCGAGCAGUACUCCUGGAAACCCGAGAAAGAUUAAUUUAGAAGUUCGGUUUUCCGACACAUACACAGAGAGAGAGAGACACUCUACGCCAAAAACAGACGAAGAACAAACAGUGUUGAGGUUUGAGACGGUUCGGCCUUCUGGAGAGAAAACAUCUGCUUCGGAAAUAAACUUUUCUUGGGGGGUAGUGAGGAGACGCAGGAAGAAGUAAGCGACCCAGUAGACGGAGCAGUGCUGGCGCAGUGGGGGUUUUCGCUGGGCUUUUCUAACAUACUAAAAGCCUUUUUAAUGGUUAGAAUUGGAGAAAGGGACAAAUAACAGACGACAGGGCUGCGAGAGAGGGGUAUGGGACAACUGGGUUUGACGCGGACAGACGGAGAGAGCUGAGUGACAUAGCCAGGGGGAAGGGACGAGAAGGUGAUUAACAGGCGAGGGCAGAGGCGUCGAGUAGCCGGAAAGCAAAGGCGAAGGGGAGCGAGGGGACCAGACGAGGAGGCGCUCCGGUGGAGCGGAGUUUUAACGCACGGGGCGAGGCGGGUGGAGUCGGGACUUGUCUUAGAGUUAGACUGAACCACUCGGGCUCAUUACUGCUGUUGUUGCGGGUCGACAAACAGCUAGUACUCAGGUGCGUGCCACCAGCUCUGUGGCCGACAGGUUUUUUCUGACCCCGUUUUUAAAAACUAAAGAUUUAACGACCUGGAUAUGGAGACAAGAAGAGGCUGCUGUUUCGUUCACCUACUUCUUUGUCACGUGGUGGCAGCCUUCCUCUUCGUAAGUGCGUUGGCACAGAGUAAUGGAGAGAGCGUAGUGGUGGCGACGUACAACAUCAGCGCCCCCGCAGGCUCGGCGGCAGUACUGCAGUGUCACAGUCAGCGCAUGGUGUGGACUCAGGACCGCCUGAAGGACCGGCAGCGUGUGGUGCACUGGGAUCUGCACCGCGUGGGGCCGGAUUUCAGAACGGAGCGCAUCCUGGACAUGUUCUCUGCCGGCGACCAGCGAAUCUACAAUGGCUACAACCAGGGCCGUGUCAGCAUACCACAGACUGCCUUCAGUGAUGGCAACUUCUCCCUCAUCAUCAGAGGUGAGGAAGGCUAGCAUAUUGACAGAGGGACUGGACAGAAUGCCACCAAAGUGAGUAACCCUGACUUACCCGCCAACAAAGUGACUAACACUGCCCGCAAGGAGAGGCGCUUCUGGGACGGCGAGAAGGCGGUGUUCGUGGUGCUGGUGGGCAGCACGGUGGCGCUGCCCUGCGUGAACCGCCGGCCCGUGUGGACGGAGGGGCACAGCGAGGAGGAGCAGCAGGUGGUGCACUGGGACCGGCAGUCCCCAGGGGUCCGGCACGACCGCGCCGAUCGCCUGGUGGACCUGUACGCCUCGGGGGAGCGCCGCCACUACGGCCCGCUCUUCCUGCGCCGCAAGAUGAACAUCUCGGACGAGGCCUUCUCCCUGGGCGACUUCUCCCUCACCAUCUCCAACCUGCAGCCCCCUGACCAGGGCCUGUACUCCUGCCACCUGCACCACCACUACUGCGGGCUGGACGAGAGGAGGGUCUACCAGCUGAGCGUGGAGCCCCCUCUGCCCCCCGAGCAGACCGCCGCCCCCCGGAGCCUCCCCAGCGAUGACGCAGGGUCCAACAUGGUGGAGGUGCCGCGUGUCAUCAAUGUUAUUCUCCCAGAGAAUCGAGGUCACUUCCUGCAGCAGAUGGGCUACAUCCUGGCAGCGCUCCUCCUCCUGGUCCUCGUUGCCACGGCAAUCAUCAUCCUCACCCGACGAUGCCGAAGGAAAGGAUUGGAGUAUGAUCUACGAAGAUCUGAGCGGCGCCAGAUGGCUGCUAAUGACUUUGAGAUGGACGCCACAGAGCUGAAAGUCUGCAAUCACGAGGAGAUCAGGCUGGACUACAAGAACAAUAUCCUCAAGGAGAAGGCAGAGCUGGCCAAAGUCCCGCCCGCCAAAGUGAUCGACCUGGAUAAAGAGAUGGAGAGAAAGUCCUGGAAGUGAGAGAUGGGAAUGCCGCUGGCUGGCCCAGGGCAAAAUCCAGGAGCGAGUCUGAGGCUACAGAGAGAGGGAAGAGGAGUAUUAGUGCUUUAACACUGUACUGCACCAGCUUUCUACUCAACUCAUCUAGCAAAAAAAAAAGCAAUUUAUGAAUCAUUUCACUGUGGAAUAUUGUUUUUGCUACAAGUGCGGGCUCUGUUUUCUGUGGAAUUCUAUUCAGUAAAUCUCAUUUCAUAGACGUAUCAGCAUCGGACUGGAUGCAUUGGCAGUAUCUAGAUCAUUUAUGAUUUUUGUAGGCCUUAAUAGAAGAUCGAUAUCUAUAUUCAGCUGCAUAGAAAUAUAUUCUUAGCAGUAGAAAUUCAGAACUGCUGCACUGUAGAAAUGUAAAGGAGUUACUGUACUUUUUAAAAAAUAAUCUCCCAUACUGCUUACUAGUGUUCAUUGGGCAUCUGUUCUCCAAUCUAAGAGCUUUUUUGGCUUUUCCAUCACAGGCUGUGCCUUGACAGUUUAUGUAGCUACGGUAUAAUGGUAGGUUUCUGCUCAUCUGGAUAGAACUUUAUGGAAAACAGAAGGUAAUCUCAAGGGUGAUUCUGUAGUGUGCCUAACCCACUCUUGGCUCUGUGCGCCCUGUGCUGUCCAGAACUGGGAUGAUGCAGCCGUCUUCCAAGAGCUGUAAUAGUUUAGGAGCUAGGGUGACAUCUGGAGAGCCACCUCCCUACAGACCAAUAAAGCAAUAUUUCCUAAAUCCGUUCUGAAACCCCACUAGUGCUCCAUUAUAGUCAGGGAAAGGUGACUGUCAGCUUCGUGCAAUUAAAAGAAUGAAGAAAGAGAUGAGGAAUUGAAGACAGAUCAGAAGAAGAGAAUGGAAAAACAGCAAAAAAGAGGAAAAACCUCUAAACAGUGAAACUCUGCCUCACUGUAUAAAACAUCUUCUGUCUUUACUGCUUCAGGAAAUACACAAUCCCUUUUAUCCACUGUGCGUGGGGCAGUAGGGCAGGCUUCUUUUAAAUGAAUAAAAUAAGGCGUCAAGCCAAUAAGAAGGCAAAGGUCAAAGCCUUUGUUCAUCAGAAAGUUAGAAUUUUAUCUGCUGGAAUCAGACUGAGAGAGAGCUGUAAGUGGGUGGGGCACAGUGGAAGUCAUGUUUCAAAGCCCACAGUCUGGAGUCAGACCAGGCCAGUUUCAGAGUGGCCAGAGCUUGCUUACAUUAGCUGCUGCUUCUGUCCCAGGACAUCAUUUUCCCCAAUUUCACAUUCUUUAGAUGGAUUCAGUGCAAAGCUGUAAAGUGCAGCAAGCCAUUCCUUCCAUGAAUCAAAAUGGUUAAGUCUAUGCAUUAUGCAGAAGUUAAAACUGAAGUCGCAUUUGUGUAUUUGGAUAGGAUGUCUCUGUAUUACAUAGGGAAGGGCAAUGCUGAGAAGAGAUUAUGUUGUAAUUACCAUUACAGGGUUUUGGAUCGUACACCAUUGUUUGAACCUUUAUUUUAAAAUAUACAUGCCUUGCUUUUUACAAUAAAUGAGGAUACAUCAGUGCAUUAUAAACUAUGUGGAUAUUAACCCUUGAAUCUUGCAGUACUAACGUUUUGAUAGACUGUGAUGGACUGCUGCUGUGGAGCUGGAGAGAGGGGCUGUAAUGACAAUGGGCCGGCCACAGGGCGCCACUGCGUCCGCCUGAGCAGAGUUCAUCUCUGUUCACUUGGGCUUUUUUCCAUGUGCUCCAGUUUCUUCCCACUCACUGCCCUGCUCUCCAGCUGCACCACUGUGGCCUCACGUCACCCAUUUCUGUCUGAAUGGCUGUGAAUAUCGGGGAAACGGCAAAACCAAUUUUUUGUCUGCUUCUGUAUACAGAUCUAUAUGACAUCACAGUUAGGUUGGUUCAACGCGUUGCUUGCUGUCAGAUUUGACUCACAUUUCUCAUGAAUAGAUACCAAUUCAGAAGUCAAAAGGCUGUAGUCUGUAGUGCAAUCACUUACAUUUUGGGAUCAGACACUGACUGAAGCAAAGAUAUGACGUUGUAGGAUGGGACCUAGAGCAGGUUUUUGAAACACUGCAAUGAUCAUUUUUUGGUGGGGCUGUGAUGUUGUGGUUAGCACUACUGCCUCACAGCAUGAAGAUCCCCGGGUUCGGAUUUGGCCUCAGGUGUCCAUCUGAGCAGAGUUCCCCUCUGUUCACUGGGGUUUUCUACAUGUGCUCCAGUUUCUUCCCACCUCCCAGACUAGCCUUCCUGUGUCUAUUCAGAUGACUGGUCUCCCCAAUUCCUAACCCACACACAAGUGGCUUAGCCUGAUUACCUCCCUACCGUUAACUGCCCUGUUUAUCAGAGGGCAUUGGACUAUUUAAAGAGGCAGACAGAAUAAUUAUUUCUCCCAAGAUAAUACACCUUCAAGAUGCUGCAGGGCUUGCAUGUGACCUGUCAUCAAAAUGUGUUCAAAACAUGGUUUUACAUAAACCAAUUACUGCAUCAUUGUUAGAAAAAAGCACCCUUUUGUUGAAGUGGGUGGACCAACGUGAAUGAUGUAUGGUUGGAUUUCUGCUUGACGUCUUGGAUGUUUGUGGUGUCUCCCCAUCUGGAUGCCAGCUUGAAACAAAAGCUUGCAGUGCAGGGGGGAUGUGAUCAAAGAGGAAACAGCAGCUGGGUCCAUAAGUUGACAAGGGGGAUGUUGCACUUCCAGAGAGAGUGGGUGAUUUUGGAGCUUCGAAACCAUUGUUGUACAAAGCAGGUUUGUCUGAAGGGUUCCCUUUUAAGCCUGGAAGUCUUUUCUGUCUUCCAGCUUCACUGACUCACAUACAGUCCCGUUCAGUCUGGCUGCCCCAGUCCCAGGUCACUAUGCUCACCGAGAUGGUGUUAACUCUUUCCAGACCAUCCUCAUCCUCAGCUUUCUUUUGGGCAUUUUCAGAUGUUUGCUGCUCUCCAGUCUUAUCCCUUUUGAAAUGUUUCUUUCCUAAAUGAUUCUUAUUCAUUUUCGCAUUGUUUUAAAAUGUCGAUCUGUAAAAAAAAAAAGCCCUACAACUUCCUCUUCAUCAGAAAGAACCGUGCCAGCAUUGUGCAUUGUUGUUUUGCUGCUAUUCUCCGCCAAGAGCAAAUUCUCCGAAGAUAAAACCGUCACAGGCAGGCACACACAGCGGCACUGGGCUGAGCCUGGUUACUCUGGCCAACCUUACACACAAAACCUGAUCCCCACUCCAGUCCUGCAACCUCACUGUCUUCCAGCUCUGCUGGCAGGACGGAGCCAGAGCUCUGGUCCAGGGCUUUGUCACACAGGUGAUCAAUCCCAGAUUCCCCUUGGAAGGCUGCUUUUUAAAACUGUUUUUGAGGCACACUUUCCAGCUCGCAGCCCCGUGUGCGUAUGAUUGCACUGCAAUCCAAAAUACUCUUUCCCCCCCUGAGCAAAACUGGAUUUUUUAGCCGGGAUUCCAGGACAGUAUGCCAACACGUUACAGAGAAAGUCACACAUUUUUUGUCCACGUUUAAUUAAGCACAGUCACUAUAUUUGCCCUCCACAACUUCUGAAUUAUUGUAAAAUGUGCUGCUGAGAUUGUGGAAACCAAGGUGAUUUUCACAAGAUCCUUUUCCAUUUGGCACAGAGAGACACCUGCUCGAUCACAAACUAGACUAUCGGUAAGCAGCUACAGGCUGACCCAUGACCCCUGAAGCAGAGAGGAAAAGAAUGGCCCUGGAGUUUUUUUACUACCGUUGUACACAGAUCAUCCGGCAUCCCCACAGGGAGCAGCAGCAGAGCACAAUCCAUACUUCAAUGAGGAGAGUGCUGGUUGAUUUUAGAAAAGCUUUCCGGCAAGAGCUUAGUCACACGAGGUGUAGGAAACGAGUCGACGCACAUGUUUCAGGAAUCUUCUUUUGCCAGUUUCUACGGGAUUCAGAAACUGUGGAAUGGAAUGUGGAGUGGGAUGGAAGAUUGGCACUCCUGUUCCACUCACUCCGCUGCCAGGGUUUGCUCCCUCCAGGAGCAACCCCGUUAGUUCAAUUAAGGAUCCAGUUAAGCAAAGAUCUCAGCUGGGGCACAAACACGCAGGUGUGUGCACUCUCAGGACUCAGUCUAGAAGGUUUCCAUCCCAUAUCUUGUAAUCAUUCUGUGUUAAGGGUUCAUGCUCAAGACAUGAAAAGAAGACUCCUUGCUUGUGCAGAAAAGGGUAGUCUUCUUUAGGGUUGAGGCUUGAUGUCCUCUCCCGCGCCCAACUCCAUGAAAACAAGGGCUGAUUUUUUAAGAGAACUCCUGCUUUUACAACCGACCCACGUGCCCUCUCCUCCCUUUCCGAAAUGCGGAAGUUUUGAUUUCUUUGGCUGGUCAGUUUUUCACAGUGUCCCAGCUGAGAGGUCAACUGGAAAAUGCGCAGGUUUCCUGCUGCUUCCAAAUAAACUGGCCAUCCUUCUGCAACUGGUGGGCCUGCGAGGACUGGUGGGGGGAGUAGAGAAGGGGUGGGGGUGUUGUUUCAAGGGAGUAAAAGGCAACACAAUGCACUGUGUUGAAACAGGUCAAUAAAACAGCUGGAUUAUGGA